AUGACAGACGCCUACGAUAGAGUCAAAGGCGAUGAAGAGCACAUCUUGAAACUCGCUGAUGGCCGCCAAUUAGCGUACGCCUGCAACGGGCCGCGCGAUGCAAAGACUGUCAUCAUCUUCUUCGCCGGUCUCUUUAGUGUCGGUACAGCACAUCAAGUUCCGGUACCUUGUGCCGAUAAAAACGUGUUGUGGAUUGCCCCCACUCUUGCAGGCAUGGGAAACAGCAGCAGCCGCGAUCCAAAGGAAGCCUACCACGUUGUGCUUGCUCGCGAUAUCUCGGCGCUGCUCAAGCACUUUUACCCAUCGGACGAUUACGAUGCACUCUACGUUGCAGGCGGUUCAUACGGCACCGUUCAAGCACAGAUGCUGUACGGGGCCCCCUAUGACUUGUUUCCCGCGGGCAAGAAGAUUGCCGGUUGCUUCUUACUGGCAGGCUUUUCGCCGUUCAAGUACGACAAGAACUAUACCAAGGCGCUCAGCUGGCAAAACUGGAUGUCCGUCGGGCCGCCAUCACAGAUGCCCUUCCGUAUGCUGCAAAAGGUAUUCAAAUCUGCCAUUGGGUCCAAGAUGGGCUCUGUAGAGGGCGCCAAGACGUUUCUGGACCAGACCAUCUUUGGUAAGAUGAGUAAGAACGAGAAGGACGAGUUUGCCCAGUAUGCAGCUCGUAAGGGUUUCACGGUUGACGAAUUCAUCGACCGUCAGGCCCGAGGUGCUGUCAAGUCGUCUCAGAACUGGGACGGCUUCAUGGAAGUGUCCGAUGUGCUGCACUCGGACUGGGGGUUUAACCCGGCGACACUGGAUGACGAGCAUGCGCAAAAGCCGGUGCUUGUAGUCGGAUCCGAGCACGAUGAGUUGGGCGGCAGCAAUAAUGCCUGGCUUGUAGCAAAUUACAAGUCAGCAACAGAGAAGACGGUGCCGGGCGGACAUCUCUCGACGUUGUAUUACAUGGAUGAGUUAUGGGCAGACAUGUUUAAGCUCGCCGAAGACGCGCCGUAA